AAAUAGUUGGAGUCGGAGCAGCGUUUCCCUCGCCAUCCGUCGGCCGUCGCCGCCAUUGUUUCCAUGGGCGAGCAAUCAAGCGUACGGCCUUAUAAACGAGCAAGUAGACGCGGAAAACGACUCGCGCUAGUAGCCAUCGAGUUCCAUUGACAGUUUGAAGAUUCAUUCUCGUCAGGGAACAAUGAAAAGUGUUUGCGUUUCGAUUCUGAACGUGUGGCUCGUUCUCGUGACUUUUUGAGUAAACAUAAAAAAAGAUUGACGACGGAACGUCGCAAGGACUGUGUAUCGAGAAGGAACGGUUGUACGGUGUCCUUUCUCGUCGAGCGUGGAUUUCGUACGGUGAUGGUGAUGGUGCUAGUGAUGGUAAAGAGAGUGGUGCGUUGCUCUUCAGUGUCGUUCGGCGCGACGAAUGCCGUUUUAGUGGAGAGAUCGGACGCGUCCAGCUCGUUCCUUUGACCGGAUCACGCCGAUCGUCUCAAGGAAGAUUCAAGUCGGGAAAAGUAAUUUCGCGCCGUACGACUCUUCCUUGUUUCCCCUAAGAAAUUCUCCGCAUGCGGCACCUUUCCCAUUGGAAACACUUUCCAGGCAAUCGUUAAAUAUUCCGUGCAAUCACGAUCGUCCACGAAUCCAUUCCCAAGUUCCUGACAGCUCGCUUUUAUGUGACGGCUUAUUUCUACCCCGAACCACGAGCUUCGAUCCCCAGAACAUUAUGUGAUACUUUUUCGGAGCUUUGCAUCCUUUCUUCGCCACGGUGAUCGCGAUUACGAACGUGCAAAGGUACUCCGAAUUGGGGGGUUGCGCACCCUUAGCUACGCCACUGUUGGGAGCACGAGUAAAAAUCGGGAGGCCAAAGACCGGUUUCGAAAAGGCGGAACAGGGACGGCACGAAAACUUGCGGGACAAUGGAGGAGAAGUUUCGAACCGUUUCUUAAUCUAUCGAAAAACUUUCAAAGUAGGAUAAAAAGUAAAGCGAGAUGCUGGGACCUUCCGUUCCGCAUCGAAAAGGGAGUCUCGGCCCGACGACGAUGCUCAUGCUCCUGAUUCUAUCGUUGAGUGACGUACACUUCGCCAAUGGUUCCUGCGAGUUUCCAGCGGGUUGGGCCGGAGAAUGGUACCAGUAUGGAAAACUGGUAUCGAUUGCCGUAAACGCGACCAUGCUGGGUGAAAGGACGUGCGUGGAGCGAUCGAAAGACACGUACAUCGUGUACGGCGACAAUUGCUAUCACUGCUUGAUCGUCAACGAUCGACACGAGAAUGUGAUCCAGUUUCGCGAAGGUUGGUGUUCCGCGGAUUUAGCACCGUUGGAAGACAUGUGUCAGAACAUCAAAUCGGACGAUACCCUGUACUCCAUGUUUCGCUUGAAUUCCAAGCCAAUACCGUGCCCCUUCAGCGGCGCGUCGUUUACGUUCAGCUACGAUAAGGGGUAUGGCGAAUGCGCGAUGCCCGUCAGUCUCGGGGAAAAGUGCACCGACGAGAGCAAAUUGCUUCUCAAGUAUCAAGCUUGCCCUGACAUCCAAAGAAGCGAGAGCAACACGGAAGAAUUGCAGUGUCUCGCUAUAUGGAACGACGGCCGUAACAAGUACCUCGUUGGAACGCUGGAGGGACGAAGCGUCUCAGGCGUUGAGAAAACGUACAGAUGUUUCCUGUACGAGGAGAAGACUCACCAUCAAGGAAAAGUGGUGUAUCUGCUCGCUCAAUCCGGCGAACCAACUUGCAAUGGCUUAACCACUAUCUCCGAAGGCUCCCCUACGAUCAAGCUUAUGAAGGUCGACAAGGAGCACAACAGAUGCAAGUAUCCAUCGUGGAUCACCGAGCACCAUGACUGGCACUCUUUGGACGGCACUAAAGUCUACCAUUUCACAAACAAAAACGCGACGCUGAAGGUUCGAGUACAAGACGCCGAGGGGGACUCGUUUCAUGAAGAGAAGAUCGUUUGUCACAAUUUGGAAAAGAUGCAUCCGACUGAUAAUUCGCAAGGAUACAAGAUAAAGUUGGUUGCUCACGUGACCAGUGGCUGCGACAUUGGGUACGUCUGCAUGAUAUUCCACAAAAGAGAUCACCACGUCAUAGAGCUACAGCAGUCGGAUCAAAAGGCCAUAAUGCCAGACGAAGCGUGCUCCCUCUCCGAUACAUCCACGAUGCCCUAUACCACGCUAAUAAGCUCGUCGUUGCGUCAGAGAAAGUGCCCCAAUCACGGACGAUACAUGAUAUUAGGACUUGCUCCGUUCCACGUGCCCAAUGUGCCGUUUCGCCGGCAACGUCGCAGCGACAAACGCUCUUCUAGGCUCACCAAAAGGAGGGCUUGGAACGAAGACAUGCAACAGUUGAAGCCGCACGAGCAGCAACAACGGCAACAUCAGUCGCAGCAACAGCAACACCACCAACAUCACCACCACCAUCAACACGGAGGGGAGCAGCAGCAACAAGAGCAGCACGGAGAGGAAUGCAGAAGUACAAAUGUCCAAAUCGGUUGUACUUCGUCGGAUCAGAAUGAAAUCGUCGUUAGCAAAUCGUGCGACGGAGAAGAAUCGACGUAUUAUUGUCACGGAAGCUGGGAAGAAAGAGGCAUUUGGUACACGAUAGUGUCUCAGAAAACGAAUCAAGCUUCCUCGGGGCUCGGCCAAACCUACUGUUUUUCGAUGCGUUUCGACGGCAACGCGGGUAAACAAUCCAUGACCGGAAGGACCAGUAGAGCCAAGCUCUCCGAACAAGAGCUUUGGUACACGAGAUUGGAUCGCGUUUGUCGAAGAGAAACAGUCGGCGAGGACGAGUGGUCCCACAGCCUCGUCGGACAAGGUGUUUGCGAAGACGUAACGAAGGCAGCUUCCAGCUUGGCGCCACUCUUUUCCCUGUCCAGAAUCCUGUUCAUCCUAACUGUGGGAAAUUGCGCGGCGUACAGAUAUCUAUUGAGAUGAUAUGCAAACCUCACGUGAAACGGAGUCGAUGCUCGUGAUAGAAACGUUCCUUCGAACGCUUACGCGAAACGAGCAGAGAAGAAGGCUGGCAAAUCCCAACGAUUCCGCUCGUUUCCCCUCAUUUCAGCUAUGAUGACCAAGAGUAAGCGGUUCGAUCCGAGCGACGCGAUUCGUCGAUCGAAUACGCGAAGCUCGUCUAUUUACACGGCCAACCGACCCCUGCGCUCGAUCAUUGCGUUUCUUUUCUAUUUCCGGCCUGUUGAUCGUCAGCGUGCGAAUUAUCGUUUCCCCUCUCCUCUACAUCUCCCUCUCUUCAACAGCUGCAACGGUUUUUUCGCGUUGCGAUACCUACUUUUUGACUUUCCUGUAACCUUCAUUCGCAUUUCUCUCUGCUCCUGUAUACUUAGGGGACGUACUUAGAUUCUAGGUCUUAGGGCCGUCCGUUUCGUGCGAUAAUCGAGAGUUUCUGUGCGACGAAUGUCUAUCUACAUCCUGUGAAUUUAUAUAUUUGCACUUGUAUUUUUUAUAUAUGUAGGUGUACGUUGAUAAAAAAAAAAAGAAGAAAAAAAAGGUGGGAAACAAAAAUGUUCGCCGACACGCCGGGAAACCACAGACAUUAGUUUAAAAAUGCGAGAGUGCGAGCAACGACGGCCUCGAUCGUUCUUUCUUUUAUACAAAUAUAUUUUUUUUAAUUUUUAAUUUUUGCGAAUACGAGAUUCCUCGAAGCACGGGGGGCGCAUCGUAACGGUCGAUUCGCCAACCGUGCACCCGCAGCUUCUGUAAAUAUGAGCAGGGUAUAAAACGAGUCAAGACCAUGUUCGAUUUAAUCGCGAGCGAAAUCGAUAUAAUCCUACAACUACGAAUUUGGUUAAUUUAACGCGUAACAACUACGAUAAGAAAAUACUUUUUACCUCUUAACUAGCUACACUUUGUAUAUAUAAUAAUUUAAGCACUGUAUAAAGACUGUUUUUAACGAGUAUAGAGUUUUCCACUCACGACCGCGUCCGAUUACCGAGCACCGAUCUGACAAGAAACGAUUACUCGUCGAAUUUUCCUUCGCACUCGCGAAUCAUCGACGGAACGCGUGCUCGACUUUACAACACGCGAAACAUGCCAUAACCGGUAUCGAGUCGUUAAUGGACAUUGAAAUGAUUGUUAUCGAGAUUUAAUAGCAGAGUAUAGUUGUGUAGUUUUUCGUGGUUUUCGCAUUCUUUUUUGGAUUUCAUUUACACCGUACAAGUGUACUGUGUCCGGUGAUGAAUCUGUACUUAUCAAGGCCUGAAGCUAGUUAUCUUUGUAAGAUUCUUCGCGUAACGAGAUAUAUUUAUAUCGAAUAUAUUUCAUCGUACGAAGGAUCGUACAAAGUGUACCACGGGACAAUAGAAGAAACAUUUUGUUUUUAACUAGAAGCUGAUUAUUUAUCUUAAGGAACGAUCCUUAAUUUUCUGAUAUGUUUUUAUGAAAUGUGAAUGUUAUUAUUAUGAAAGUAUAUUUAUCGUAUUGUUCUCUACACGAAAUGUUCAAAAAUUUGGACACGCAAACUAAGGAAAAUCGAACAGGAAAGUGUAUUAAGAAAUAUAGAAACCGCGAACGACCAAACUAGUAGAGUAACCAAAACUAGAUAGAGAAAAAUUGCAUAUAUGCAGUCUUGCGUAAGUGGAAGAUUGCCAAUAAAAAGAAUCGGUAAUUAUUUUGUCAAAAAUUCGUAGAAAAACAAAGUUUUACGGAAUCACGCCAUUUUUCAAGAACAAAUUCUUCUUCUAUGCUUCUGAAUAAUAGUUCAAUUAAAAGAUCAACAAACAAGGAGCUCUUGGGGGUUCGAUGCUGCGAUCUAUUUGAUGUUUAUUGUAAUUUACACGCGAUGAUACGGCUGUCCAUUAACCUCGUUACAUUCACAACGUUUGUUAAGUUUAUACAUAAAUUAGCCGAGCGCGAUGCAGGUGAACUCUAAUACAAGACACAGACCACACACAUACACAGACAGACAUACACACAAUACACACAUUUACAAAAGAUUGAGACUGUUCCGAAAUUCAAAUAAUUAGAAUAUACGUGUACGACGAUGCAUUGGUUCUAACCCGUAAGGUAGACAAAUUUUUAAUAUCGAGAUAAAUUUUUAUUUUUAUACGCAUAAAACUAUCGUUCCCAGUUCGACCCUCGUUCGCACCACCAUUCGCCGACUUGUUUCACCUGUUGGGAUACUCUUGCCACUUAUUCACCUAUCCCUCCCACUCCUCUGCACGCUCCCUUCGGCCUCUGUUUUACGAUACUUCACUUGGUUCCUGAUAUAUUUUAUACUUUUCGAUAGGAACGAGCAGACAAACCCCGCACCUCGUCCAACAGAAUGUUAUUCGCUAUAGUUUUACUAACGCGUUUCUGCGCGUCUCUUAGGUUUGCCUCGAUUUUCUCCCAUCUUUGGAGAAAAAGUUAGAAUAUAAGUAGAACGUAGCCUACAAUUUUACUCCAACUUUACUGCCAUGUCUAGGUUCCCGAUUUAUUUAUAAGCUAACCUUUUACUGCUGCGCCUAAGUAUGCUCUUUCGAGAGUAACGAUGCUACUCUAAAUACUCGAGUUAAAGAAAACGCAACACUUUGCGUUCUCUGAGGCAAUUUUGUAUAAUUCUUUACUUUUUAAUUUAUAUAUAUAUAUUUAUAUAAGUAUGUUUAUCGAAACAGAAAUUGUGAAAUUAAUGAAUGUCAGAGGCUAUCGUUGAAUGAUUCAACAGCGAAAAGGUUAAUGAAAAACGAAUGUUUCAAAGCGUGAGGUGAAGAGACGCGUAGAUACGCAGAGAUUCGAGUGACCGUCGAUCACAACCGACCACGAAGGAUCUACUAACGUGUGUGUACGCGAACGGUUUUUGUAUAGUUCGCGAGCGAAAAGAAUGCACCUUACUCUUUUGACAUUCAAACGGUCUAUAUCCAAUACCUGUUACAAAUCUUUGAAAUUAAAGAGGGAGGGAUCCAUCAAAUUAUCAUUAAAAUUGUCACGAAAAAUUUGUGGCGAAACUAUCCCUAAUAAUCAUCCAAACAGCACUAUGUAAACACAUAAAAAAGCCCUUCAAAGAAUACUUGGAACGUUAGUCGCACAGAUGCAUUCUUCUCGCGGACGAACAGUACAUUCUGUAUGUCGGAUGCGAGUUUACAAGCUGAAGUGUGUGUGCAGAAAGGUAACUAAACGCGUGCGUGCGUACGUACGCUUACAGUAGUCUAUUGUUUGUUUACCAUUGUGAUGUCAACGCAACAACGACGUUCACGACGACGAUUGAUGACGUUAACGACGAAGACGAUUUCGAUGAGAGAGAUGAUACGAUACAAAGAAAUAAAUAAAUAAAAAUAGUAGCGUUUAAGAAGCUCGCGCGUUGCUCGUCUCAGCGGUCGAGUGUAUCCAAUGAAGACGUUUCGAUCGUGCGCCGUUGUGAAUUUACGAGGAAAAAGCAUAAAACGAAAAAAAAAUGCUGGAGAACCCAGUAGCAAUGGCGUUUCGAAGUGGUACCGCUCGAGGGGAUCCUACCACCGUUUUGUUCCUAAACGGUGAACUCUAGUAACGAGGCACUGGCGAGUUGUAGGUUGGAGAGCAGCUCUAUGCACGGAAAUGAAUCGUUUUCUCGAGAACAUUUUGAAUUGUGUAUCGAUACCACUGCUUCAUCGACGAACGUCGAUCAAUCGAAAGUGGUACCGACGUCUUCGUUUCGCCAGAACCGCUGAUCGAACGUUGUGACCCCACGACUAAGAGCUACACUGUGUGUACCGUUUAUUAUUAUAUUUUGAAUAUGACGAAAUACACAUACAUGUACAGAAUA